GGGAGGACAACUCCGACUCAAACACUGCGUUGUUCGUGAAGAGGAAAAAUAGGGGAAAAGAGGGAGAACAAGAUCCUUCAUUAAUAACAGUUUGCAGUUUUGGUUUUCCUUGGAGAAGUCGGUGAGAUUCUUUCUCCGGAUCCUUUUUUGUACUUGGAGGUACGCCGAAUCACCAUGUGCGGUUCUGCAACAGGAAAGUUCAGGUAUCGCAGAUUGUGAAGUUCAUCUAUCUAUUUCUCUUUGUUUCAAACAAUCAAUUUGAAGAGUCUUUGCAUAUAGAAAUCAUUGCUGUACUUUCUGGAUUCAAUUGUGGAUAUCUUGAGAGAUAUUGGGUUUACCUUGUUUCUGCUUUUGUGGGCACUUGGAAAUCGGGCUAACGACUUUCCUGGUUUCCGUGUUAUGACCAUUGGCUCAUUACGAUAGAAUCAACUCGAAUUAAUUAUGGUUGCAUUGUCCUCCGAAAAACCUCCAUCGUAUGUACCAGACCAUGUAAUUUUGUGUAGUAGUUGGCCAAGAGAGGGUGAGCUUCAUCAUCUUAUCAUGGAAAAUCUAGAGCGUGGUUUAGGUUGUAAAGAUAAGACAGUCCUGGUCGAUGUCCAGGAGAGUGUCAGGCCUUUGGAAAAUGCUUUGGUUCCAUCGCCAGGGAAAAUGACUGGUUUUGUUUACAAGAGGCGAAGAACGACUGGGAAUUCUGUGGCGUUCACCAGUGCACAAACUAGUGAGACCGUAGCGAUUUGCAGGCCAGUCCUGGACAGUGGUUGCAUGGGAAAGCAAGAAGUUCUCAAUGAAAAGGAUGGCAACCUGAGUCCUGGGUCGAUGACAAACUUGAAGCAUGUGCCAUCAUCUUCAGUACAGAUUGUCGAGGUGAACGAUGAUCUUCCGGCUCAAACCGAUUCGAGACUAGAGGUCUGUAGACCUGCCUUGGAGGACAUUUGUUUAGGAAUGCAAGAAGUGGAUGAUGACGAAGAUGGUAAUAAUAUGAACAUUGGCCCAUUAGGGGCCGAAAAUUGCAGUUCUUCAUCAUUGAAUGAAGUUGUCAAGGUGAAGGAUGACCCCAUUGCUCAAGCUGGUGAAAUUGUGGAGGUUUGUGGGCCAACUCAGGAUGAUGAUUGUUUGGGAAGUCAAGAAACAGAUAAUGAAGAGGAUUGUAACUUGAAUCUUGGCUCAUUGGCUUUAGGAAAGCGUGCUUGUGCGUCUUCAGUGGAGUUUAUUGACUUGAUGGAUGAUAAUAAGAGUGUUAAAAAUUGGUGCGCCUUGACACUAAUGAAGCAUGGGUUGAUAACUGCAACAUCGAAGACUUCUAAGGUGCAUUCGAUAUGUGCGCAAGUGGUAGUUGAGGAGGCAAGUAAUGUUGAGCCAUGCAAGGUUUGUGGGGUAUCAGAUAGUUUAGACAAGAUGUUGAUUUGUGAUUCAUGUGAUGAAGCGUUUCAUUUGGCAUGCUGCUACCCUAAGAUGAAAAGGAUACCAAUUGAGUGGUGGCAUUGCCGUCAGUGCAAAUCUAAGAAUAGGAAAGCUUUUUCCAAGCUUAUUGUUGGAGAUUCUGAGGCAUCAGCUGAAUCAGAAAAAUUGGGCAGUGACCUUAUAUCAUUUAUGCUUCGAGACACAGAACCUUAUACCACGCAAGUACGAAUUGGAAAAGCUUUUCAAGCUGAAGUGCUGGAAUGGGGUGGCCCUGUUAUGGUCAAUACUUCCAGUGGUACUGAUAAUCCAUUCCAUGGAACACCUUUAGAAGCACUGCAUGAAGAGCAUAAAAUUAAAAAGUGCAAUAGCGAUACAUCAAUAGGGAAUUGGCUUCAGUGUCAACAUGUGAUCUCUGAUGAGUCUGGUCAAGGAAAGCGUGGUGUUAUAUGUGGAAAGUGGCGUAGGGCUCCACUUUUUGAAGUACAAACAAGUGACUGGGAAUGCUUUUGUACCGUUCUUUGGGAUCCAAGCCAUGCUGACUGUGCAGUGCCUCAGGAGAUUAGUACUGAGGAGAUCAUGAAGCAUCUAAAAUUUAUUGAAUUGUUAAAAAGUCGAUUGGCUGGAAAGGCAAGGAAUCCAAACAGUCAGUUCUGAACGGUUAAACCUAAAUUUGAUUUGUGAAAUAUGAUGUAGUCAUUCUGAUAAAUUUUGUAGCUAAAUCUGAACAUGUGAAAUAUGGAAUACCUGUCCUUGUCAGUUUGCCUGGUUAGUAUACAACGUCACAUUGUUAUUGAUGUAAAGAAGGGAAAAAAAAAGACAAAAAUGAUUGAAAUUUCAUGUCAAUGGUUGCAUCUGUAUAUUGUCCAGUUUUUGUCUGUUGCUGGUACAGAUGCAUGCUGUAGUAAUACUUUUUAUAACUAUAUGAAAGCAUUUAUUGCAAGGAUGCCUUUCAUGGCUUCGUAGUUUGUAAGUUGUUAGUGCAACGUUUUUAUAAUGGCAAUGACAAAUUCCAUUUUGGGACAUGCAAUCUGAGCAGCUGAAUCCGUGGUCUGUGAAAGACUGAACACAUAUGUGAGACUGUAUUAUAGAUACAUUUUUUUAUGUUGGGUAUCUGCCACAUAAGGGAAAAAAUAGAUAUUGUUAUGGAAGGGAAUAGAUUAACCCUUUUGCGGUACUGUGGGUUCUUAAUUUUAGAAAUUGCAGGAUGUGCAUGAAUAGUCUGUGUUCCUAUAACAGACAUCUUCUAGCACCUAGCUCGCAUUUGAUAUGUGAAUUGGGAGUAUGGGUUUAGCUUGAUAUCAUGAUCUUAUCUGUGUAUUAUGUAUUUGUGGGGACUUUCAGUGGACCAUAUUUGCAAGGAGAUCUACAUUAGGCAUUUCCAAUGUAAUCUCUAUUCUCCACUAAAGGGAAUGAGCCUCGUUGCAAGGAAGAUGAUCCAACUGAGCAUCAUUCAACAGAUAAUGGCAGUUCUUUACAGUAGGUGGUGCUAAUGGAUAGAAGGAUGCCUCAUAUGCUUCUGUCUUUUUGAAAAUAUAAGUGCAGAGUGAUUUGUCCAGAAUGAGAGUUACUGCUUAAACCUUUUGUAUCUUCAAGCAUGUCAUGCCCGGUUCCCCAGGGCGCGACUUCUAUUCUCAACAGUAAAAGGAUUAGCUAGCUCAAGUAUGCUGUUUCAGAACCAUGGUCCCAGUAACCAAAGGCAACCCAAUCCUAGCUUCUUGAUAGAAAGUUAGGAUGGCUAUAAUGUCUCUCUUGACUCCCUGCUUUGAAGUCCCUAAGGGCAGCCACCUCUAACUUUGAAGUGGGAUAUCGGGAUGGAAGAUUAUGUCUCUCAGCACCCUAGACUAUGCAUCUGCACUUAUUAUGGUCCUUUCUUUUUACAAUUGUUUGUUUCUUUACUAAAGGAUCAGGUUGGCUUCUUUGGGUUUCUGAUGCUUGCUACACGCUUUCUCAGCAAAGUUAUGGAGGGAAACAAGGUGAGUACCAUAGAGGUUUGCGAAACAUAAGAGUAAUUUUGAUUCUUGAUUCAUAAUCUCUUUAUUGGGUUGAUCAGUCACUGGCAUAGUAUAAGGACAUUAAAUCAUGCCUAAUCCUGUCUUUGUUAGGGGCUCAGUUGGAAGCAGAUUAAGACGAUCAUGUCCUUUUCUUUUGUUUUUACAAUCUGGCUGGCCAUUCUUCUAAAAAAAACUCAAGAACCUUAAUUCUUGUUCCUAAAAGUAAACAUUGACCAGACUAUUUGUGUAUAUUGAUGGGAAACGUUGCAUGAGACCAUAUUUGAUAAGUGUAUCUGUGGGUGCUCUUGCAGGUAAAAUAAGCUUAUGUUCCGAGGAAAUUUAAGAAAUACAUGGAAAAUGACUGAACUAUAAAAUAUACAUAACAUGAUAUAUGAACAACCAUACCUGCACCCAAGUUCAAUUCAAAGGCAGUGUUUUUUUAGGGCCAUGUGCCAUAGUUUAUCAGUGAAUGUCCCUGACCUAGAUGGGUCAUUUGCUUCUUGUGUUAUUAUGAUGGUGUUCACCAUAAUCUCAAGGGAAAAACCAGUUCUGCAGGGCAAACUUGUGAGCUCAAACUACUUAAGAUGAAAGUAUUAGGGAGGGCUUUCUGGGACCUGCUCCUGAACUGAAUGAAAGUUCACUUCUGUUAGGCGCCUGCUCAUAAAUUUCAACCUAAUCCUUAACCAAUACCAAAAAGAUCUUAUUUGUAUUAGGAAUUCCUGAUUCUUAUGUGUGUGUUUGUAUAUAUCUGUGAUUAAAUGGUCAUUCUAAUGGAAUUUGCAUAGUUUACCUACCCUCUGUGGUCAGGUGCCCAUAUUACCAUGUUUCUUGACCUGAACUGUUUGUGAAGCUUUCCUAUGCCAGUCAUCAUUCUUCAAGAUAAACCUAUUGAAACUCAAGCUAUGUCCUUGGUAAAAUAGAAAUUUUGUUUAUAGCAGUUGGUGUCAAUCUGAUCUGUAGUUUAGAUGAGCAUGAAUUGAUUUUAUCAGGUAGGUUCAAAACCAAGUUUGACAAAGAUUAUUUUCCUAGUUUAGAUUCGGCCUAAUUACUUGGAGACCUACUAUGUUUGUGCAUAUAUUUGGAUUGGCCUUUUUGAGCGAGGGCAAGGCUCAGGUUGGCUUAUGCGUUGGCAUUGAUGCCCAUGGUAUUGUCCAGAUCUCCUCCUAUGCCAAUGAACCUCGGCCUGCUAUUUCAAGCUUAGACUAUGAUUUCAAGUCUCAGCCAGAGGAUGAGCCUAUGGCUCGUUGGUUGUGCAAUCAACUUUGCAGCUGGUUCCGUCUGGCCAGGCUAGUUCCAUGCUUUUGGCUUUCAAAGCAUGGCAGCUUGUAGUCAGUUUCUGGCCUUUCUGGUUGAAGCCUGAGUCGGGGGUUUGAACGUCAGCACACUCUGGUCCUUUGACUGGCUGAUUUGACUAUUCAGUCGGCUUGUUGACUCUGGUCAGCACUUUUGAUAAGCUCUCUAGCCUGGAUAGAGUUCUGUUCUAUUAUGUAUCUGAAUAGCAAUUGAUUAUGUCAAACUUGCUGCUAUAAGUUACUUUUGGGGGCCAAUUAAAUUAAAUUUGCUUCCGUAAUGCGUAAGUCUGAGCCAGCUUGAUCAUUUAUGAUGACAUGACGAGCAUAGGCAAGUCUCAUCUGUACAGGUGGUCACAAAUUUCUAAGGUGAAUAUAUCAAAUGAUUGUAUAAACUCUGCAUGUGUAACUUUUGGAAAUUGAAAUUUGAUAUCAAAUUUGUGAUAUCUGCAGCAGCGAGGGAUUUUUUUUUUUAUGCUUCAUAUGUUCUGUAGGAAAAUAUGCACAUACUUCCCUAUUGCAUUUUGGAAUAUAUCUAAUAUUUUUUAGGGCUUGUUUAUGAAGUAGCAUAUCUGAAAAGGAUCUUGAUUGUUGACCACCUUCGUAGAAUGAUUAAAUCUGAUUCAGCCAUGUUAACAGCCUAUAUAAACGAAGAGAGCAGCUCGAUAUUGGUUAAAAAGUGAUUGGACAAAUGCAAGAAGACUGAAAGAAUUACGUGCUAAUUGACAUAGCCGGAGCGUGACUCUCUUAACCAAGGGGUACAAAGUAGCAGAAAAACUGCUACCUGAUACUGAGCUCAAUAUACUGCCAUGUUUCAGAACAAAUGAUUCUCAGUCACUGUCACUCUUAUGCUCAGUCUUGAUUUGCAAGUGAAAAUGGAAACAUACAUCCAUGUGGAUGCCCAUCGCAGAUUAUACAGCAUAUUUGAUAACUGAUACAUCAGCUCAAAUCAGAUACCCUCAUGUUUGCAAUAGUUGAUACAGCAUGCUCUUCAUUUUUAUCUCC